GUUUUUGGUGAGAGUGGAGAAGCAACCAAAGUAGAGAAAAGAGAAGUUCAAUAAGAAGAUGGGGAGGUCUCCCUGUUGCGAUGAGAAUGGUCUCAAAAAAGGACCAUGGACUCCUGAAGAAGACGAAAAGCUUGUUGAUCACAUCAAAAAACAUGGUCAGGGAAGUUGGAGAGCUCUCCCAAAGCUUGCAGGUCUUAAUAGAUGUGGCAAGAGCUGUAGGUUAAGGUGGACAAAUUACCUGAGACCUGAUAUAAAGAGAGGAAAAUUUUCUCAAGAUGAAGAGCAAACGAUUCUACAUCUUCAUUCAAUUCAUGGAAACAAAUGGUCAGCUAUUGCUACCCAUCUACCAGGCCGGACGGACAAUGAAAUUAAGAAUUUCUGGAACACCCAUUUGAAGAAGAAGCUAAUUCAAAUGGGUUUUGAUCCAAUGACCCACCAACCAAUAACUGACUUCUUUGCUAGCUUGCCUCAGCUCAUGGCCCUCGCUAACCUGAGAGAACCAAUGGAGCAUCAUCCAUUAGAUGAAAAUGCCAUGGGAUUGCAAGCAGAGGCUCUACAGUUAGCUAAGCUUCAGUAUUUACAGUGUCUUCUCCAAUCAGCAGCUUCAUUAAUCCCCUCCGCCAACUCUUAUGACCAAAACGGCAUUACAGACCUGGAAGUUCUCAAUCUGUUGAAUUCAAUUCCACCCAUAAAAGAAAACCCAGUACUAAAUUCAUCAGAACUUGAGAAUCAAGGCUCAUGUCACUUUGGAAAUGCUACCUCUCAACUACUUCACCAUCCAAGUUUAUUGUCUCAAUUGUCUGCCCCACAAGUCCCUUUCAGUUAUCAACCAUCUUUGAAUACUGAGAUGGGUCAAGCUCCAUUUUUAACUACAAUUCUCAGCCAAGGAGAUAGAAACCCAUCUGAUUCUUCAUGGGUGCUUCCUUCUCCCACGCUUGCUCCUCAAGCUGCAACCGAGACUUCCAGAAGCAAUCCAGGUGAUGCUUGCAGCAUUACUUUUAGCUAUGGUGGAGUAACUUCUUGGCCCGAGCUUCUUUUUGAAGGUCCUAUCAUGCAUGAUAUUUCCUAGUUAAUUAUACUGUCUGAUGAGAGGUUUGGAUUUGUAUCACCAUGUGUUUUCUGAUAUUCUAGCCAUCCCAUCUUUUACAUGUA